CGCCCGGCGCUCACGGGCCGGGGCCGCGGCGGCAGUCGCGGCCGAGAGAUGGCGGGGGGCCGCGGGACCCCGGCGCGGCGCUGAGCCCCGCCGCCCUGCUCACCGCCCCUCCGCCGCCGGGACCCCCGCGGAGGCUCGGCUCCCCCAGACUCCCCUCGAUCUCGGCACCCAGGCGCGUGCCCACCAUGCCCGUGGUUGGUGUCCUCCUCUGGGCCACCCUGCUGACUCUGGGCUGGCGGGCUGCCCAUCCCAAGGACCACGGCAUCGCUACCCCCAGGGUUCAGCUCUCCUUCAAAGAGCUGAAGGCGACGGGCACAGCACACUUCUUCAACUUCCUCCUCAACUCCAGUGACUACCGCAUCCUGCUGAAGGACGAGGACCAUGACCGCAUGUAUGUGGGCAGCAAGGACUAUGUGCUCUCGCUGGACCUCCAUGACAUCAACCGCGAGCCCCUCAUUAUCCAUUGGCCUGCGUCCCAGCAGAGGAUUGAGGAGUGCAUCCUGUCAGGCAAGAACAGCAAUGGGGAGUGUGGCAACUUCAUCCGCCUGAUCCAGCCCUGGAACCGGACUCACCUCUACGUGUGUGGCACUGGCGCCUACAACCCCAUCUGUGCCUUUGUCAACCGCGGGCGCAAAGCCCAGGGGUUUCCGUCGAGCCAGCCGGGAGGCCGGGAAAGCAGAUCCACCGCCAGCCCCCUCAGCCCGAGACCAGCACAAAGCAAGGAUUAUAUCUUCUACCUGGAGCCAGACAAGCUAGAGUCGGGCAAGGGGAAGUGUUCCUAUGACCCCAAAGUAGACACCGUCUCUGCAUUAAUAAAUGAAGAACUUUAUGCUGGUGUCUACAUCGACUUCAUGGGCACAGACGCAGCCAUCUUCCGCACCAUGGGCAAGCAGACAGCCAUGAGGACAGACCAGUACAAUUCCCGCUGGCUCAAUGACCCAGCCUUUGUCCGUGCCCAGCUCAUCCCAGAUAGCAGUGAGAGGAAUGAUGACAAGCUCUACUUUUUCUUCCGAGAGAAGUCAGCUGAUGCCCCACUGAGUCCUGGGGUCUAUUCCCGGAUUGGGCGCAUCUGCCUGAAUGACGACGGGGGCCACUGCUGCCUUGUGAACAAGUGGAGCACCUUCCUGAAGGCCCGGCUUGUCUGCUCUGUGCCGGGACCCGAUGGAAUUGAAACACACUUCGAUGAGCUCCAGGACGUCUUCAUCCAGCAGACUCAGGACACCAAGAACCCUGUUAUCUACGCUGUGUUCUCCGCUUCAGGGUCAGUCUUCAAAGGCUCUGCUGUGUGUGUCUACUCGAUGGCUGACAUCCGCAUGGUCUUCAACGGGCCCUUUGCCCACAAGGAGGGACCCAACUACCAGUGGAUGCCCUACACAGGAAAAAUGCCCUACCCCCGUCCAGGCACUUGCCCUGGGGGGACUUUCACCCCAUCCAUGAAGUCGACCAAGGACUACCCUGAUGAAGUGAUCAACUUCAUGCGUGCACACCCGCUGAUGUACCACGCCGUGUACCCUGCACAUCGCCAGCCGCUGGUGGUCCGCACCAACGUCAACUACCGCUUCACCACCGUGGCCGUGGACCAGGUGGACGCGGCAGACGGGCGCUAUGAGGUGCUUUUCCUGGGCACAGAUCGAGGCACCGUGCAGAAGGUCAUUGUGCUUCCCCAGGAUGACAUGGAGACAGAGGAGCUCAUGCUGGAGGAGAUUGAAGUGUUCAAGGUGCCAGCACCCAUCAAGACGAUGACCAUCUCCUCCAAGAGGCAACAGCUCUAUGUGUCCUCGGCCAUAGGUGUGACCCACCUGGCCCUGCACCGCUGUGACGUGUACGGAGAAGCCUGUGCUGACUGCUGCCUGGCCCGGGAUCCAUACUGUGCCUGGGAUGGCAGCGCCUGCACCCGCUACUCUGCCUCCUCCAAGAGGCGGAGCCGGCGGCAGGACGUCCGGCAUGGCAACCCCAUCCGGCAGUGCCGUGGCUACAACUCCAAUGCUAACAAGAACACAGUGGAGGCCGUGCAGUACGGCGUGGAGGGCAGCACAGCCUUCCUGGAGUGCCAACCCCGCUCACCCCAGGCCAGUAUCAAGUGGCUGCUGCAGAAGGACAACAGCGAUCGGCGGAAAGAGCUGCGGGUGGAGGGCCGGGUGCUGCGCACGGAGCAGGGCUUGCUGCUGCGUGCCCUCCAGCUCAGCGACAGUGGCCUCUACUCCUGCACCGCCACCGAGAACAACUUCAAGCACACAGUGACCAAGGUGCAGCUCCGUGUCCUCAGCAGCCGCGCCGUCCACGCCGUGCUGGUCCAGGCGGAGACCCCCCUUGGCCUGCCAGGUGCCCCCACUCCCCGCUACCAGGACCUGCUGCAGCUCCUCAGCCAGCCCGAAAUGGGACUCCUGGACCAGUACUGCCAGGGCUACUGGAGGCACACGGCCGCCAGCCCCCCGCAGCCACUGGCUGGCCUCAAAGCCAAGGAGCAGCAGGACCAGAAGAAACCUCGAAACCGCCGGAA